UCGAUAGACGCGUUAUCGCUGAAACCUAUCGUCAUAUUUGCUGGGCGUUUCACAAUUUUUUUGGGAAACACAACAAACCACCACAAAGGACACGAUGCUCGUUCUGGUACUUGGUGACCUGCACAUUCCGCACCGGUGCAGCAGCCUACCGGCGAAGUUCAAGAAGUUGCUGGUACCGGGCCGUAUCCAUCAUAUCCUGGCCACCGGAAACAUCUGCACCAAGGAAUCCUAUGAUUACCUGAAGAGUCUUGCUAAUGACGUGCACAUAGUACGCGGCGACUUUGACGAAAACCUGACGUAUCCGGAGCAGAAGGUCGUCACCGUAGGCCAGUUCCGGAUCGGCCUGUGCCACGGCCACCAAGUGGUUCCCCGAGGAGAUCCAGAGGCUCUGGCUCUCAUCCAGCGGCAACUUGACGUCGAUAUCCUGAUCACGGGGCACACAUACAAAUUCGAGGCCUACGAGCACGGGAACAAGUUCUACAUUAAUCCGGGAUCGGCCACGGGAGCUUUCAAUCCGCUGGAUACCAAUGUGGUGCCCUCAUUCGUACUAAUGGACAUACAGAGUACCACAGUGGUCACAUAUGUUUACCAACUGAUUGGAGACGAAGUCAAGGUGGAGCGGAUCGAGUACAAGAAGAUCUAGGGUUAUAGUAUUAGCCACCAGCCAUUCCCAACCAAACCCUGACCCUCUCAUUCUGAGCUUGGCUUUAUUAAAGAAAUUGUAAAUGUACGUAGCAAUAAAUCAAGUUCUCAUUUUUUUAUCUGAUAAAAAAUGCUGACAUUUUAUUUAAAUAGAAAAUAAAAUUAUGAUUGAUUCAA